CUGUUGUGAGCAUGUUUAGGCUGAAUAACUGUAUUGGAUUCUCCAACUAUAAGUUCUUCAUGCUCUUCCUGCUCUACUCACUCCUAUAUUGCCUCCUCAUCAUCACAACGGUUACCAACCUUCAUCCAACUUUGGCUGGUCAGUGCAUGUAUUUUUUUGCAAGAUUCACAUGCACUUUUAGUGGUAGAGACUAUUGUCAACCUUUAGAUGGCAUGUCCACAGUCCACCUACGGUCGCUUGGUAUCAAUUAUUUGAAAUAUAUUACACAUACUAAUAAAAUAAAGCUUUGAUGCAAAGUCACUUUGGAUAAUUUGUGAAUAAAUGUGAUAAAAAGGUUUUAUCUUUUGUAGUAUAAUGAAUUCUUACUUAUGCAAUAAUCCUCAUUAUAUUACAUUCUUAAAUCAAGACUUCUUAUUUCUGUGUUUUAUGGAAUCUUACUAUAAUAUUCCUGAAUUACACUCUGCUCUCUCUCUCUCUGUCUCAGGGCAAACUGUUUGAUAGUUGUGUUAAACUGCAUGUUUUGUUCCCGACACUGGUGUCGGCCAUGUUUGCUGUCACCCUCAGUUUUUUUGCUUUUCUUCCACAUCUGGCUUCUCACCAGCAACAAAACUACUAUUGAGUGGUUGUCAGUCCCCUUUUUUGCGGAUGGACCAGGAAGUGAGGCGUUUGAUGUGGGUGUCUGGGCAAACUUCUUACAGGUGUUUGGAAAGAAAAAAAGUCUCUGGCCAUUUCCAGUAUCCAGCAGUCAAGAGGAUGGACAUUCUUUCCCCUUGAGAUGGCAGAUGUCCUCUCACAGUCAUUCAGUGAUAAAUGGAAAUGUACAUUAUGCCAUGGAAGGAAGUGUGGUCUCACCUGAGGGGGUCUCUGUUACCAUAGCAGUGGAUGACUAGCAGUAAUGAAAUAAGGUAUGAGAAAUUAUAGUUCUGCUUUUCAAGGAGACCUCCUUGAAGCAGCAGCAUUCACAUAUUCAAAUUGUUAUAUAUUAUAAACCAUUCUUUGUAUUUGUAGGUUUGACAGAAUGUGUCAUGUAACCUCAUCACAGUGAGUCUCUCAACUGAGGCGAUUUUAGAAAGAUUUCAAUCACAGAUUAAGCUUACAGGAGUGGCAGAGGCCCUCAGGGAGACAAGGAUGAGGGUAAAAACAACUGCCUGCAUGCUCAGUUUUCACCUGAAACACUUCCUGCAGGAGUUCUCAAGUCUCUGAAACCGCUCUUUUACUGAUCAGGGUGUGAGAGAGCCUUAUCAGGUGUCCCUGUCGAGUGAUAAUGUUUUCAAUUCAUUAUUUUGUGGUGAAAUGCAGUCUGGUGUUUUGUAUGAACUUUAUUUAAAUUUUAUUAAAUAACAACAACAGUUUAAUACAAAAUAUUUUAUUUGUA